CCUUUCCCACAAUCCUCUGAGAAGGGGUGUCAGUUGGAAUGUAGAUUGCGAAGGAGAAGGUUUGGAGAGAAAGAGAGCAGGGAGAGGAAUUCACCGGAACCAUGACUGACAAGUUGCCAGUGAUGAGAAUUGGAGUUGUGGGUUAUGGACAUUUAGGGCAGUACCUUGUGGAGCGGCUCCAGAGAGAAGGGGCCCAGGUGGGCCUGACACUGGUCUUUGUGUGGAACAGAAACACUGACAAACUCAGAGAAUCAGUGGCUGAGGAGCUGAUUCUACACAACCUCCCAGACUUUACAGACAGGGGUGCUGAUGUGAUUGUGGAGGUGUGUCAUCCCAAAAUUGUAAAAGACUUUGGAGUCCAAUUCCUCUCUAAGGCCCAUUUUCUGGUGGGCUCUCCUUCAGCCCUCUCAGACCCACAGCUGAACCAGGAACUGCGCCAGGCUGCAGAGCAUCAUGGGAGGACCCUAUAUGUCCCCAGUGGUGCAUUGUGGGGAGGCCAGGAUAUCCUGAGACUCAAUGAUAGUGGAUCUUUAAAGGCACUGUUCAUCCGGAUGUCCAAGCACCCGUCAUGUUUCCGUCUGACAGGAGACGUGCUGUCUGAUUGGACAGAGGAUGAGGGGAGGCGGGUCUUAUUCAGUGGCUCGGUGGCAGAGCUCUGUCCCGUCGCCCCUAACAACGUCAACACCAUGGCGGCAGCGGCCAUUGCAGCGGGGACCCUGGGAUUCGCUGGCGUCCAGGGGGAGAUUGUGUCGGAUACGGCACUAAGUGAUUACCAUGUGGUGGAGGUGGAGGUUACUGGUGCCAAUGGCUUCACAGUGAAUACAGUGAGGAGGAACCCAGCCAAACUGGGAGCUGUAACUGGGAGUGCCACCUACAACUCCUUCUGGAGCAGCUUACUGGUGUGUAAGGGACAUGGUGGCCGGGUUUACUUGUGCUGAAGAGGGAGGGAUUUCAGAAGACAAUUCCCUCUACCAACCAAACAUUCACAACACUAUGGUACUGAAACACACACUACACAACACUAUGGUACUGAAACACACACUACACAACACUAUGGUACUGAAACACACACUACACAACACUAUGGUACUGAAACACACACUACACAACACUAUGGUACUGAAACACACACUACACAACACUAUGGUACUGAAACACACACUACACAACACUAUGGUACUGAAACACACA